CCCUUUUUGUUUUUACAGUACUCACAUCUACUUUUGUCUGUUUGUCCUCAUCUCCGAUACUCCCACGAUUCGGGUACUACUACAUAUCCCUCCAUUCUUUAGCGAUCCACCCAUCCCACGAUAUCACGUUGGUACAGCACAAUUUCUUCGCCGAAAAAUCGUCCUCACGGCAGGUUGAAUUGGCAAGCAUUUGCCUAUUUACCUAAGAAGGAGGGUACUUCAUCAAACGCUCAGAAUCAAGCAGUUGCGUCAAGUCCUCCUCCUCUGACAACAGCACCUGGAAAUAUGGUCGGCCAUCUCUUCGCAACAAUCCUAAUCUUCCUUCCACUGGUAUACGCCACGGAAAAGCUUGACAAGACAGUGAAUCAAGACCUCGUCUCACGUCUCAAGCUUGCAGCCACUGUCUACGAUAGACACCAGAUACUCGCCAAAGACGAAGACUGGAUCUACGACUUCAACUCCGCGCAGCCAACCGACUCCUACAAACCAGGGAGCGUCAAGAACGCCAAUGCAGCGACCUUUCCUGCUAUGGUUGGCCAUGGCAUGACCGUUGCCCAACUCAAUCUUGGUCCUUGUGCCAUGCUGCCGGUCCACUAUCAUCCUCGCGCAACGAACAUGGUGAUUGCCAUCACGGGCAACACUACAACGUGGAUGGUCAAUGAGAAUGGUGUGAGAACUGUUUCGACGACGCUAACGCCAGGGAAAAUGACAAUCUUCCCUUUGGGCAGCAUCCACUGCAUGCAGAACAACGGCUGCGAUGACGCGUAUCUCAUCAGCGCGCUCAACUCCGAGGACACCGGCACGAUGAACAUCGCUGGCGGUCUGUGGAGUAUACGUGAUGAUAUGAUACGGGCUGCCUUUGGCAAUCCCGCCAUGGACGUCCAAACCACGGGUAAGAAUAUUCCGGAGGUGGGCACCGGCUCUACCUACGGCAGUGACGAGUGUAUGAAGAGGUGCGGCAUGAGCAAGGGGAAGACUUGA